UGCGUUAAUUGCGUCUUAUAUUCUUUAUUCUUAUAUUCGGGCCAAUAUGGUACUCGAGUAAUCGAUUUAUCGUUGCACAACUAUAAAUAUGUUUUUAGAGCUCUGUUAUUCUUAUAACAUGAUUUUUAAAAAUCUGCAAUGCACUGAGGGCGUGAAAGUUGAACCGCGAUGUAGCGAGGGAUCACUGCCAAAGUUUGUGUGUUAAGUUUAAAAACCGUUCAUUUUAAAAGCAGAUUUUGUUGUCCAUCACUGUCAAUGGUAGCCAAUUUGUGAUAUGAGUAGCUUGAGUUCCGAGAAUUGUGACGAAUUGUGUAAACUCGUGCGUUUUUCCCCCUUAUUUGCUGUCAACGUUUGCACCUUAUUACAUUCUUAAACGUCAAAUAUUGUAUACAUCUUUGCUUAUCUGACUUUCCGGGUCCAUAUAGAAACGCCCUUUUACUGAGUCUGUGAUUCAAAGCUUGAACGUCACAGAGAAGCGUGGGGCAGCUGCCGCCGGUGGUGCAGGCGGCGCAAGCAGCUCAGUCAGCCCGGCGUGCCAGUCAGGAAGACGGCCAUCCAGCCGUCGUCAUCUCGCCGGCUCUGGUGGAUUUUGGACGAAUGGAAAUGGAAGCUGUGCCGGUUCCAAAGUGCCUAUGGUUGUGACCUUAACUGGGCCGGUCGUCGUGGAGUGAUUUUAGAAAAGGCGCGUGGCUCGACUUGAGCUGCCGCUCCGACCAGCUACAACUUCUCCGCUGCCUCGUCGUCAAUGUGACGCAAGACCAAAACACCAGCCGCAGCAAUAGCAGCGCACCCGGCUCGGGAAUGGCUCUGGAACGGGGCAAGUACGACUUCUACAUCGGCCUAGCUUUGGCCGUCAGCUCCAGCGUCUUUAUCGGAGGCAGCUUCAUCCUCAAGAAGAAGGGGCUGCUGCGUUUGGCUAGGAAGGGAUCCAUGCGAGCGGGCCAGGGCGGUCAUGCGUAUCUGAAGGAGUGGCUUUGGUGGGCUGGUUUACUCUCAAUGGGUGCGGGUGAGGCCGCCAACUUUGCAGCGUACGCCUUCGCCCCUGCUACUUUGGUCACCCCACUGGGCGCCCUCAGCGUACUAGUCAGCGCGGUGCUGUCGUCGUACUUUCUGACCGAGCGUUUGAACCUUCACGGCAAGCUGGGAUGUCUGCUGAGCGUGCUGGGUUCUACCACUAUGGUCAUCCACGCCCCCAAGGAGGAGGAAAUAAGCAGCCUGGAGAGCAUGGCGGAGAAACUGGUUGACCCAGGCUUCUUCGUCUUCGCCGCGUUGGUGGUGACCGUAGUCCUGACGUUGAUCCUAGCGGUGGCGCCUCGCCACGGCCACACCAACAUCCUGGUCUACAUCAGCAUCUGCUCGCUCAUCGGCUCUCUGUCGGUGUCGUGCGUCAAAGGCUUGGGCAUCGCCAUCAAGGAGGCGCUGGGCGGCGUCAACGUAGCGCGCGUCCCUCUUUUCUGGCUCCUCCUUUUAGGCUUGGUGUCUUGCGUGGGGACGCAGAUCAACUUCCUCAACAAGGCCUUGGACAUUUUCAACACCUCGCUGGUGACGCCCAUCUACUACGUCUUCUUCACCACGUCGGUGCUCACCUGCUCGGCGGCGCUCUUCAAGGAGUGGCGGCGCAUGGACGCGGCUGACGUCAUCGGCACUCUGGCCGGUUUCCUCACCAUAGUGGUGGGUAUAUUCCUCUUGCACGCAUUCAAGGACGUCAGCGUCAGUUUGGCCCAGCUCGUCGCCACCGUGCGGAAGGAGCAGAGAAACGGCGGCGCCACCGCAUACCCCGAAGCUAACGGGACGUACCAACUCCUGCGGAACGGCGGGGACGCAGACGAAGAGCGCGACAUGCCGUUCGACGCGGUUUCUAGGCGAAACGGGAACUUGGCAUCGUAGGACAAUUUCACUUGUAGCACUGGAAAACAGUCAAAAUAGGAUUUCUUGUAAGUAUAGUGAUCAAGGAGUGUUAACGCAUUGGCUGCCAUUGACAGCGAUAGACGUCCAAAAUGGAUUGUACGUCUGCUAGUGAUAAACUCGGAGAAAAUUUAGUUUUUAAGAGCCACAUGAUUGGACGUCUAUCAUCAUCAAUGGAACUGAAAGUUUUUUUUGUGCACCAAAAACCAUCACGGGUCCAUGUGACUUUUCCAACAACCUUAUUUGACAUCAAAAUGGUGUCUUCUGUGACUAUAUUUUUGCUGUGGGCAAUAAAAAACUAUCAUUUUUAAAUUUAAAUAAUUUGAACAAGGACUAGUGUGCUAAUACAGGUUGAAAGCAGUGUCGAAGAGCGCGCAUGUCCACUCGUGGCUAAAUCGUAACCUACAGGCAACAAUAAGUCUGCAACUGACCUUUCGCAUAAGCCCUCUCCCCUCUUAGUUACCGUUGCUAAUCCGACAAACUUCGUCAACUGUCGUCACAUGCUCUGGGAAAGGUGAUCUUUACCACUUGCUAAUUGGUAAUUAUGAGUGCGCCCUGUUCAUGUGCUUUUGUCGUAACAUAAGAACAUGGCAGACGUACUUCAUCUUAGUUUGUUGCAUGGGCAAAACUGUUUUAAGACUCAAAAACUGCUUUAAAAAGUGAAUUCAUUAAAAUGCUGUAACUGAACAGUGCAGCAAGCACUUGGUUUAAGGCUGCAACGAUCGAUUCUUUAAGUAAUCCCAUAGACUUAACUUUCAGUUGACGGGACACAGGGCCGAUCCGUAGGGGGCCUAUUUUCAAAAACCUAAAAUUCAAGUAUUUCAAAGCCGCUAGUGACCUAAAACCAAAACAGGCACCUCCCUUAAGCAUAUACACUCACCGGCCACUAUUAGGUACCACCAUGCUAGUAACGGGUUGGACCCCCUUUUGCCUUCAGAACUGCCUCAAUUUUUCGUGGCGUAGAUUCAACAAGGUGCUGGAAACAUUCCUCAGAGAGUUUGGUCCAUAUUCACAUGAUGGCAUCACACAGUUGGGGCAGAUUUGUCGGCUGAACAUCCAUGAUGCGAAUCUCCCGUUCCACCACAUCCCCAAAGAUGCUCUAUUCGAUUGAGAUCUGGUGACUCUGGAGGCCAUUUGAGUACAGUGAACUCAUUGUCAUGUUCAAGAAACCAGUCUGAGAUCAUUCCAGCUUUAUGACAUGGCGCAUUAUCCUGCUGAAAGUAGCCAUCAGAAGUUGAGUACAUUGUGGUCAUAAAACGAUGGACAUGGUCAGCAACAAUACUCAGGUAGGCUGUGGCGUUCCAACGAUGCUCAGUUGGUACCAAGGGGCCCAAAGAGUGCCAAGAAAAUAUUCCCCACACCAUUACACCUCCACCACCAGCUUGAACCGUUGAUAUAAGGCAGGAUGGAUCCAUGCUUUCAUGUUGUUGACGCCAAAUUCUGACCCUACCAUCCAAAUGUCGCAGCAGAAAUCGAGACUCAUCAGACCAGGCAACGUUUUUCCAAUCUUCUAUUGUCCCAUUUUGAUGAGCUUGUGCAAAUUGUAGCCUCAGUUUCCUGUUCUUAGCUAAAAGGAGUGGCACCCGGCGUGGUCUUCUGCUGCUGUAGCCCAUUUGCCUCAAAGGUCGACGUACAGUGCGUUCAGACUCUUCUGCCUACCUUGGUUGUAACGGGUGGUUAUUUGAGUCACUGUUGGCUUUCUAUCAGCUCGAACCAGUCUGGCCAUUCUCCUCUGACCUCUGGCAUCAACAAGGCAUUUCUGCCCACAGAACUGCCGCUCACUGGAUAUUUUUUCUUUUUCGGACCAUUCUCUGUAAAGCCUAGAGAUGGUUGUGCGUGAAAAUCCCAGUAAAUCAGCAGGUUCUGAAAUACUAAGACCAGCGUUAACCAUGCCACGUUCAAAGUCACUCAAAUCACCUUUGUUCCCCAUACUGAUGCUCGGUUUGAAUUGCAGGAGAUUGUCUUAAACCAUGUUUACAUGCCUAAAUGCACUGAGUUGCCACCAUGUGAUUGGCUGACUGGAAAUUAAGUGUUAACGAGCAGUUGCACAGGUGUAGCUAAUAAAGUGGCCGGUGAGUGUAUGAGUCUCCAUGAGCAGCAACAUAAAACAAUUCAAGGUCGUUCCGUAAUAAAAUCCCGAAUAUUUUUUUAUACAAGUAUUACAAAUCUUAAAAUGGCUAUAAAAUUCUCCAAUUUUCCGCUAGAUGCACAAAAAUCACCAAAUGCAGAGAUAAAUCACCUAUAUUUUCAGGAUCAAUUGCAAUAUUUAACAGUUUUUACCCAAAAUAUAUAUAUUUUUUAAUUUAGUUUUCAACAGCUAACAAAUUCCUCACUCAAUUUUCACAUCAGAAAUGUAAUACUUGAGGAAAGCAUGCGUAACAUCAUAAUAUCACUCAACAAAAGAAAAAUUUGCGUUUUUCUACAUACAAUCACAAUUUAUUUGAGGGUGAAUUUCUAUAGCUAUGAACGUAAAAGACUCUUGGUUAAAAGCAAAACACUGCCAGUUACCGUUAUUUUUACGUAAUUAUUUCAAGCAAAAGUUGAGGUAAUGUGUAACCCAACAUGGCGGCCAUCACAAAACAAUGUGCUUUUUAAAUUGAAAAUUCUUGUAAAUAAAUGCUUAAAUCGCGUCAUUUCUAUACAUAUGAACGUAAAACAGUCUAGAUUCUUGGUUAAAAACGAUAAAACGGGCAGUCAUUGUUAUUUUUACGUAAUUAUUUCAUGCAAAAGUUGAGGUAAUGUGUAAUCCAACAUGGCAGCCGUCCUAGACAGGUUUUUCAGUUGAAAAUUCUUGAAAAUAAAUGCUUAAAUCGCGUGAUUUCUAUAGAUAUGAAUGUAAAACAGUCUAUAUUCUUGGUUAAAAGGAAAAAAACGGGCAGUUAUCGGUUAUUUUAUGUAAAUAUUUCAAGCAAAAGUUAUGGUAUUGUGUAAUCCAACAUGGCGGCCGUCACAAAACUAAGCUUUUUAAGUUGGAAAUUCUUGUAAAUAAAUGCUUAAAUCACGGAAUUUCUAUAGAUAUGAACGCAAAACACCCUAGACUCUUGGUUAAAAAGCAAAAAAAAAAAAAAAAACUGCAAUUAUCAUUCAUUUUACGUAAAUAUUUAAAGCUAAAGUUAGGCUAUUUUUUUCCCAUUAUUUCAUUGUGUUCACAACGUUUCAAAGUGCGUGCAUGGUGCUAUUAAAUAUAAUAAUUACAUUGAAUCCUGGACCAAUCACUCUUGAGACACUCCUGCCUGCUUGUAUGCAGUAAAACCUUUGCCCUAUUUCCACUUAAAUCCGGCGUUAGAACGCAGCUUGUAGUUGAUCACAGUGACAGCCAAGUCAACGUUCUGCCUGGGUCCGGCCCCAUACGGGAAGGUGUGGGGCAAUGUCUGUGGGAGCUGUCUUGUCAACUGAUGGUGGAGUCUAUGGUAAUUGAUUAAUCUAUCAAUUUGAAUAAUUGAUUAAUCGGAUUAGGAACAUAACGAUGCAGGGUUGCACUUUUCACGUCACAAGAGCAAGAAAUGCAUUUAGAAAAUAAAAUACCUGAGCUUGGCCUCAAUUGGUAUAAAAAAAAUUAAUAAACGAGGAUUGAAGUACAACAAAGAAUCAGUUAACUUGCAUGGCUAAAGUCCAGAGAUUAAAUGCUAUAAAAUGCUUUAAAAAAAAAACUUUUAAAUACAAUGCUAUUAACAAAUCAAACAUAAUUUCCACAAAAAAAAAAACGCUAAAUAUACCGAAACUAAAUUAUGAAUGCAUAAACAAUUAGGGCUGCAGCUAUCGAUUAUUUUAGUCGUCGAUUAAUCGAUGAACUAGUUAGUUCGAAUAAUCGAGUAAUUUGAUUAGGAACAUUUGAUGGAUUUUAAAAUUUUAGGAGCUGUAAAACAAAGGCUUGCUCAUAGACUUCAUAACCAAUCCUUCCUGUUUGUUUGCGAAACAGCUUUCGUAGUUCUUCAAAUAGCCAAGUUUAAACCUAGCUUUGACAUGACCGUGUGCCGUCUUCGGCGGAGUAUUACUAAAUGAAGCUUCAAGCUCGGCCCCCUAUGGUAAGGCGUGACGCAAAGAAUGACGAAGUGUCAGGUCAAUAUGUAAUCAAGUCAAUGGCUUGCUAAAAUUACAUUUUCAAAAGAGCAUUAAAUUUGAAACCAAAAUUAAAUUCCUGAGUGUUUCUUCAAAAUAUGCAGAAUUUUUUCAUUAAAAUAUAAAUACUUGAGCUUAUCCUUAAACGGUAUUUAAAAAAAAAAAAAACUACAACAAAAGAACAAUUAGCUAAUUUGCAUAGCAAAAGACCGCUAGCUUAAAUGCUAUCAAAUGUUAACUUUUUAUUUACCAUUCACUAAACAAAUCGUUCAAACAUAU